UUUAUUAUCAUUAUUAUUCAUAUUAAACUUUAAAGCCACAUAUCAUUACUAUUUAUACAACACCUGCAUUUUUACUUAAGCAAGUACCCCAUAAUUAUAAUACAUGUCUUAAAAACAUUUGAAAAUUCAGAAACAAAAUUAUGAUUUUUACUGUGGUUAAACCUCAAUACACGCAUUGGGAAGCGCCUUUUGUCCGUCCCAAUAUGGCGAUAAAUGUGCGGUAUCUAUUAUCUAUGUCAGUGGUUCUCAACCUUUUCGAGUCGCGACCCCCCAGAAAAAAGCAUAGGAAUAAAGAGGUCCCUCCCGACCCCCAGGUUGAGAACAACUGAUCUAUGAGGUUUAGGCAUGACCCGCCCUACUCUGCCUCUGAUUGGCUAGUACUCGUUGCCUUCGUUGGUUGGAUUGGUUAGGUUUAAGCAUGAGGAAUGAGAUUGGUUAGGGUGAGACAGAGCCAGGGUACGCCAAUCAGAGGCAGAGUAGGGCGGGACAUGCCUUCGCCAUCCUGUGAAAUGAAAAAUCGCUUCCCGGAGCCGAAUGUGUUUCCCUUUUCCGUCGGCAAGUUAACAGGACUUAAAUAGGCUAUUAGAACAAACAUCUUGUUUACAUUGCUCUUUAUUACACUAACCGUAUUUUUCGUUAGGUGCGAUACACGAGCUCUGUAUAAACUCUAACGUGCGAUGCGGUGAAGUCAUUUUAAUAGAUGGUAAAGGCGCUGACAGCUCAGUAUCCUCAUCUUAUCAUCGCGUCUCGUUUUACCGGCAUCUAUAGUUGGCAGUUGAACAGUCUAUGGUUGAAAACGUUAGCUACCAGUGCUAAUUUUUCAAGUGAGGUUAUAGAAAAGAACCAUUUUCGUCUCAGGUCAACUCCUCGAAUGUGUUCGUGGUGAAAAGUCGGGUUUGUAAGCUAACCGGCUUCUGUUAGCUUUUCCUUUCAGUGCCGGGGCUUAAAUGGAGGGACAUGUGACGUGGUAGUUAGGGCUCGAGAUACACAGUAACUGGCCUCAAGUGCUCUUUUAAGUUCUCAACCGGCAAGUAACGUAGAGUGUCAAACUAUUCAGGAGGCGAAUAGUCUCAUGAUGCACCAGCAGGGUUCGUUGAUCAGUGAUGUAUUCUGCCAGUGCCGAUCGGACGAAACCCACCCAGGAGUCGACCCGGGCGGCGGAGGCGGGCACGCCGAAGACCCCUCCUCAUGUCCCCCAUCUAAACCAGUCCCCCGACAGCCCGUGGUUGGUGACUGGCACUCGGACCCCGGUCAGUCAGCGCAUCCAUGUGACAUAUGUGGAGGGCCUGAGCAGGAACACAGACUGAAAGUGUUGUUCCAAGUCCUGGAUGUGAACGGUGAUGGAGGCAUUUGUGUCAACGACCUGACAAUUGGGCUGAAGAAAUUAGGGGUACAUCGGACUGAACAUGAGCUCAUGAAAAUAGUGAAAGCAGGAGACAAAGACCUGGACGGACAGUUAGACUUUGAGGAGUUUGUUCAUUAUCUCAGAGACCACGAGAAGAAACUCCGGCUGGUCUUCAAGAGUCUGGACAAGAAGAACGAUGGUAAGAAAUCUUGACAGAAAGAAAGAAAUGGGAUGGAGAGUGAUGGAGUGGAUGGAAUGGAGGAGGAGAACGAAAGGAUAGUGAAGAGACAAGUCAGGAGGGGUCAUAUCUGGGCCCCUAUCUUGUAUAUGGAUCAAAAUGGCACAAUGACGAUUGACUGGAAUGAGUGGCGGGAUUACCACCUCCUGCAUCCAGCAGACAACAUUCCUGAGAUCAUCCUCUACUGGAAACACUCCACGAUCUUAGAUGUUGGGGAGAGUUUGUUGGUGCCUGAUGAGUUCACGGCAGAAGAGAAGAAAACCGGAAUGUGGUGGCGACACCUAGUGGCUGGAGGGGGAGCUGGUGCUGCGUCCCGAACCUGCACAGCACCACUGGACAGGCUCAAAGUACUCAUGCAGGUUCACGCCUCCAAGAGCAACAGCAUGCAUAUGACUGGAGGCUUUGUCCAGAUGAUCCGAGAGGGUGGUGUGAGGUCACUGUGGCGAGGUAACGGCAUCAAUGUCAUCAAAAUAGCCCCUGAGUCGGCUAUUAAGUUCAUGGCCUACGAACAGAUCAAACGAUUAAUUGGAAGUAACCAGGAGACGCUGGGCAUCACAGAGAGACUGGUGGCAGGCUCUCUGGCUGGAGCAAGCGCUCAGAGCAGCAUCUACCCCAUGGAGGUCUUGAAGACACGAUUAGCCCUGGGGAGGACAGGCCAGUACUCGGGCAUCGUGGAUUGUGCCAAACAUAUCCUUCAGAAGGAGGGUGUGGCUGCUUUCUACAAGGGCUAUGUACCCAACAUGCUGGGCAUCAUCCCCUAUGCUGGCAUCGACCUGGCUGUCUAUGAGACCCUGAAGAAUUACUGGCUGCAGCGCUUUGCCACAGACAGCGCUAAUCCGGGAGUGUUUGUCCUCCUGGCUUGUGGCACCACUUCCAGCACGUGUGGCCAGCUGGCCAGCUACCCACUGGCCCUGGUCAGGACUCGAAUGCAGGCACAAGCAACACUGGAAGGGGGUCCUCAAAUGAGCAUGACGGCCCUGUUCAGACACAUCAUUAGGACCGAGGGGCCCACGGGACUUUACCGAGGCCUGGCACCCAACUUCAUGAAGGUCAUUCCGUCUGUCAGCAUCAGCUACGUGGUCUACGAGUACCUCAAGAUUGCGCUGGGGGUCCAGUCAAAGUGAGAAGGCAGGCAUAGAGAGGAGAUCAAGAGGCCAAAUGUUGUUGUUUUUUGCUUUUCUUGUGAGCUGAAGAUUUACUGCGUUGGGCUCUAAGAAGCAAGCAGCUGACAUUUAACAUUUUAAAAUCAAAUUAUGAAAUUCCAGGGUUUAAAGGAUUAAUGUGAAAUGAUGUGAAUGAAGAGGAUUGAGAACUUUAAAAGCAGAGAGGCUGAUGAAGACUUUCAAGGUGGAGAAAACUGCUUGACCGAAACAAUUUCUGUUUGUUUAUUUAAAUGCCUUUAAGCAAUCCCGGAUUGCUUCAACUACACAAAAGUUUACAUUGAAUUAAUUAAGGUAGUUUACUGGGGUCCCAGUACAUUGAUUUCAUAUUGCCAUGUGGCAGAAGUAGUCCUGCUGGUCUGUGUAAAGGAUGAAUCUUGAAGGGCUUUGCUAAGGCAGAUAAACUGACCUCAGUUCAUACUCUCUUUUUAAUAUUGUUUUGGCUUUCAAUCUCUCUCUCUCUCUCUCUCUCUCUCUCUCCCUCCGCCCAAACAAAGCCACAAAGUCUCUGCUUAAUGAAAAAUAUGCAGUAGCUGUAUACUGUAGGUUAACUAGGCUUGAGUAAUCAUGCAUACAGAUGAUAAAAACAAGACCAUGAAUUUGUUUGGGUCUUUUUUUCUCCAUGACACCUACCGCGCUGUGUAAAUGUGGCAAUUACAGGGUAAUGAAACAUUGAAUUUCCUUUUUGUUUCCCAAGAUUCACAGCUUCUUCAGUUGCUUUAAAAGGUAUAAUGUGUAGUAUUUUAUUUAUUUUUAAUUUUUUUAAAACAUAGACUAAUACAAAAAUAAUCCCUCUCAAUCAUCACUUGUGCCCCACUAGAAGUGUGUGCGGGACAUUUAUGGGCAUCAAUAAAGAUCCUUUGGGCCCCACGUGGUUGGUAACCCCCAGCCAAUAACAGUGUGCAGGUGUUGAGCCAUUUCUUAUUCCCAGGUAGCGCUUUGUGACGCCCCUCGGCCGGCUGUCCUACUGACACACAAUCAAACACUGUGUACAGACGUUUCACAGAAGCCUCUCUGAGAUACACCUCCAUUCCUCCUCAAUUUCUGUACAAUAUAUCCGUUAUUAUAUUUUCACGUCCAAAACUGUUUUACUUUCCACAGGUUUGUAUUAUUAGCUGGAUAUUUAAGGAAUAUUUCACCAGCUUGUGGGCUAAAGACAUUUCCCAUUCUUGGGUGAUGUAAACAGGGUUCAAAAUUAGCACCAUCUACUAGCCAAAUGCUGGUAAAAUAUGUAAGUGGCUGGUAGAUCUGCUUUACUCACCAGCCCAAAAAAAUAAAUAAAUAGUAAUCUAUUGAGUGGCUGGUAAAAUUUUAACAUUCACUACCGAUUUGGCUGUUGGACGAAAAAGUUAAUUUUGAACCCUGGAUGUAAACAAAUAGUCCUUUAAAUCACACAGCAGCCACAUCCAAGCAGAGGCAGUCAUAGAUAUAAAGAUUGUUAUAUAUCUAUGGAGGCAGCACUCUCAGCCUGACUGAUGCCUGUGUCAAAUGAGACAGAGAUUCCCACGAGUGCCUUGUGUGCCGCUCUUAAAUGCACGUAAACACUAAGAGGUGGAGUCUGUGGAACAUUGAAUGCACUUUAAGGUAUUCUGGCUUAAUUCCUGUUUAUUAUUAUUUAUUUUCACACAAAAAUGGAUUCAUGACUGAAUUUGUGAUGUAUUGGUUCUGCUGAAUGUAUAAUAUUCCAGUGUUUUUUUGAUUUUAGAGUAAUUGUGGUCUUGGUGAAAAACUGGUGGUGAAGAAGUGGUUUGUUUUAGAGUGAUAGAAGCUCUGAUAUGGUUUAAAAUUCAAAGCCUCAACAAUUUAGAACCCCAAAGUGUUCAAUACUAAAUUAAACAAUUUAACAAUCAUAUGACUAAAUGGUGUAAAAUAUUUAAAUGAACCAACAUUUUGUGAAAUAAUUGAAGAAAUUAUUAAAACUCAACUCUAUUAUAAAA